AUGACGUCCACCGUGACCGCCGCGUCUUUGCUGCCGACAGCAACGGGGCAGCUCAGCACACAACCGCCUAUCACGCAGAUCAUUCCCAUACUCCGUGCGACAUUCAGUCUUCUGCGCACUUUCUUCUCUCAAGCCUCACGAGUUCUGGUUGUGCUCGCCACCCCGUUACUCAUCUUCGUACCCUUUGUAUCCCGCCUACUCGCUCCACUCAUACUCGUCUUCCAUAUCGUAUUGGACGCCGCAGUCUACACUCCAUACACGAUCAUUUCCAUCGCAGUUGUUGCGCUCUAUCCCGUCUAUAUAUUCUGCGGCGUUGCUUGCAUCAGCGGUGCGGUUCUUGGUAUUCUUGGCAGGUCCUUGGUCGCACUCUCGAACAACGCCAUUGCUCCCGGACCACCGAUGACUGCAGAGUCGCUGCCGGCGGCGUCGAUGCGACCAAGGAAGAGGAGGAGAAAGAGUUCUUUUACGGAAGAUUCAUAA